AUUUUUUAAUGGCGUCAAUUUUUUUUCUUUCUUUCCUUUUUUUCUUGUACUAAUUAGUUCACAUGUCUGUCAAACUUUACUCUUAUGAAGAAGUUGCCAAACACAACAACAGAAAUGAUCUCUGGAUGAUCAUUGAUGGUAAAGUUUAUGACAUCACAAAGUUCCAAGAUGAGCAUCCCGGUGGUGAAGAGGUUUUGAUUGACGAAGGUGCAAAGGAUGCUACUGGACCCUUUGAAGAUGUUGGUCAUUCUGAAGAUGCUCGUGACAUCUUGAAGAAAUACUAUAUUGGUGAUGUCGACCCUGCUUCCAAGCCUAUCAAGGUAGCCAAACAAGCUGAACAAUUCGCUACUUCUGGUGCUCAGGGAAAUCCUCUUCGUAUCCUCAUUCCCUUGGCUUUACUCGCUGCCUGGGUUUACUUCAAGUUUAUUCGAUAAUUUCAUUUUUACACACACAUAUACAUAGAUGUCACUUUACUAAAUAUAAAAACCAGGAUUGAUUUUUACAUCUACUUUAGUACUUUUACAAAAGA